CAGAAAAUUUGCCGCGGAAAUCACAGUUCCCUCGCUGGUGGUGCAAGAAUCUAUAAAGGCCCUCGAGGCCGCCACUCAUCACUGCCAUCACCACCGUCCUGACAAUCUACAAAUCGAUCGUCUUCGAAAUUCAAAUUAGUUCUCUGAAUUCCUUCACGACCGGGGCGGCGUUGAUCGCGGGAUCGGCCCCAUUGGGCGGAGAAAGUCCUUUCACCCGGUCGAUCAAAGUCAGUGCAUAUCUGCGGACAGUUUUUGUGUGGACAUGGAGGGAACUGUAUUUACACCGUCUUUGGAGGGAAUGAAUCAUGUGAAGUCUGAAGAAGGCCAUAUGCAGACAAAACCUUUCUUGGAUGUAUGCAAAAAUGUUCUGCCAGUGAUAGAAAAACUUGGGACAGCAUUAGCGCUUGUAAAAUCCGAUGUUGGGGGUAAUAUAUCGAGAUUGGAGAACAAAUAUUCCGCUAAUCCUACUAAAUACCAUACACUAUAUGCCAUGAUAAAUGAAGAAGUGGAUGCCAAAACAGCAAAAGGUUCUUCAAGUUGCACUAAUGGACUUCUAUGGUUAACUAGAGCUAUGGAUUUCUUGGUUGAGCUGUUCCGCAACUUAAAGGAGCAUGUUGAUUGGACCAUGACACAGGCUUGCACCGAAGCGUACAACAAAACCUUGAAAAAAUGGCAUGGUUGGGUUGCAAGUACUACUUUCACUACUGCAAUGAAGUUUGCACCUGAGAGGAAAAAGUUCAUGGAAAUUAUGGGCGGCAGUAGUGAUGAUCUUGAUGCUGACAUUCAGAAAUUCUGUACAAUCUUUCCUCUUCUUCUUGAAGAAAACCACAAGUUUUUGGCUAGUGUUGGUAUGGACGAUCUGAAGGCAUAAAUGAAUGUCAACGAGCUCCACCCUACUUAUUUUGCCCUUUGGAGGAUUUUCUGUGUACUCUUUACUGUUGCUGUUUCUGGGAACGAAGCUGUUGUAGCGUAUCCAUCCCUAUUGCUGACUCAUCUAAGAUUGUUUAUAUGGAUAUGGAUUACAUGUGAACUGAAAGCGUUUCUAGCUGAAGUUAAAUAAUUUUGGCAGAAGGCUCUGUUAAUGCAAUAUCAAGCCCAGGAUAUCCUCGUAGGAGGACGCCAUACUUAAUGCUAUUUGCCGACAUUCAUUAGUUAAGCCUAUUUCUGGAGGGUCUCAUUGUA